GACUGCAUAUUAUGUUAUCACUCGGUUUUACUUACAGGUCGCUCGCUAUCUUCUCCCAAUGUUUUUAAUAAUUAGUCGCCGGAUUCAUGUGUUUAAUUAAUUUACUAAGUAAUCCUAUUCAAAGCCAAGGCCGUCGUCGGCGGUCCGGCCGGUCCGGCCAUGGCCGGACCAAUAUUUCGGCCGAUAAUGCCCAACCCAACUUUUUCCGAUUUUUGUAUUUGCGAUCCAUCUUGCCAUGGCCAGUGUAAAGGACAGGUUCGACCAGCCGGGAUACCGUGUUCUUCAGAACGUCGAGGACCUGCUGAUCAAAUCCGCACAGCCAAUCAGGACAGAAUUCACAGAAGAGCUGGACUUUGUGUGUGAGUUCUAUGGUAGUGACGUCAACCGCGACAGAUUAGAGGCACAGCUACAGGUGCUACGUGCCCAUUUCGUGAACGCUGAACAGGGGAAAGUUGCGCUCGCUGACGUCAUGAAAUUUCUGUCAGACCAGAGCGAGCACUAUUCUCGGAGGUCGUGGUAUUGCUGAAGAUACUAUUAGUAAUGCCAGCUACAAACGCUACCAGUGAGCGCACAUUCUCCGCACUUCGGCGCAUCAAAACAUACUUGCGUUCGACAAUGACCCAAGUGCGUUUGAACAAUCUAAUGAUGUUACAUAUCCACAAGGACAAAACAGAUUCGCUAGACCUGUGUGCGAUUGCUGACGAAUUCGCAACAACAAAAGAGCGACGGCGGUGUGUUUUUGGAAAGUUUAAGUGAACAAAUCCGGUGCACGAAAAGCAUAGUGCAUUCACUAAUCGUACCUGUAAUUUCAGUUAUUAAAUUUACAUGUACUAUUUUUGCAACAUGCGUGUAAUUCGAACCUUUAACCCUCCGUUGAUGGACUUCAUCAACGAACAUAUUGAAAAUAUAUGCCAAAAAAUCCCAUAAAAAGCGCACGAAUUUUAGUGUCAGAUAUACCGGAAAACGCUUCUAAGGGCAUCCUAGAAUAAAAAAAUUUCCGGGGGAGCAUGCCCCCGGACCCCCCUAGAAAUGAUCAAUCAUAAAAAUGGCUGGACCAAUCACAAAAUCGUGACGACGGGCCUGUUCAAAGCACAAACUCAGUGAAUUGUGAACGGGAUUUUCCUACCGAAUUUCAUUUUGGAACAAAUUGUUUUACGAAUAUCGAAAAUUAAAAACUAUCAUCGAUAAUAUUUGAUGAAGACAUUAAAUUUAUAGAGAAAAUACCUUGCUUGACCAGACUCUUGUUGAGGUAUGCACUGUUUGAAGAUUUCACCGUUAUAUAGGGCAAAAUGAUUCUGCAUGUUCUCAUUAUUGACAUUUUAUAUUUAGACAGAAAAGUAUAUAUUCUAAGAAAGUCGUAAUUUAGGACAACCUAUCCUAAAUUUUUUUCUAACCAAAAACAAACAAACACCCACCACCCCCCCUCCAAAAUAAUGAUAUUCAGUGACUGGUUUAAAAACGAAGGUCCGGAGGACGGAUGUUUAGUAUUGCAUAACGCACUAAACUGUCAUAUGUCCCCGGUUACAUUGAAUCGACGGGAAUAUACAUCGGGAUUGGGAUUCCAAACAGGUGUUCCAAGAACGAUAACUCAGGUUAUCCUUGGAAACGUAAACAAGUGAUGUCGACAAUGGAGAGUGCAAUAGAAGAUUUAAAGGACGACAAUGUCCCUCCUUGUUUAUACUGGUCCGUGGAGAAAGUGGCGGAAUGGAUAGAGAAAUUAGGAUUCCCGAAUUACACGUCUUGCAUCACCAGCAAUCGUAUAGAUGGAAGGAAACUCAUCACGUUAGAGGCCUCUCAGCUGCCCAACAUAGGAAUUACAGACUUCAAACAUAUCAAGACUAUCUCUAAAGCUGUGCGAGAACUACUCUUUAUAGAAGAACCAGACUGGAAAAGAAGCAUAUCUCGGCCUCCCCUGGAAGAUCUUGGAAUGUAUCUAGAAAGAAAAAGUCAUGUUGGAAAGAAUCUUGAUGGACUAACGUACAAAGCGUUUUUACUGAACUUGAAAGACUCGAAAUGGCAGCCACCUCUGGCCAAUCACUGCUUGAUUCUUCCACGUUCAUAAAGUACCACGGAGAUACUGAGGUCAUGUGACUGUCAUGUGAUAGAAACAGACUGUACUGAUGUACUUUUUGUCAGCAGUGCCAUUGUAUAACAGCAUUGUUACAAAAGCCCAAAAGUUCCAGGUUUAUUUGCUACCAACACUAAAUUAAAGACAAUAUAUUUUGUAAACUUUACAAACCACCAGCAUUAUAUAUUUCAUCAGAUGACCCUCCAAAAACACGAGAUCUUCACUGUGGUGCUCCUUGCUCUGUGAUUGACAUUUUUUCGGUUUUGUUUACUACCUUAAGACUGUGAUACUGAUAUUUUACACUAAGAAUACCUGCUGAAAGCACAAAAGACUUUCUGUUGUACUUGGUAUAUUGAUGUACUUGGUAUAUUGAUGGUAUAUAUUUUUGUUUUCUGUGAUUUUAUCACACUGAGCAGAACAAUAUAUCGGGAUACAUGACUGACAACUGGAUACACCUGUAAUAUUUUAUUGUGGUGCACAACCUCAACAAGAUUAAGCCGUGCCUUCUUAAAUGUCGACUGUGUCUACAAUCACUUCAUUUGUGUAUUUACCUGAAACAAAACAUAACAAUAAAUUACUAUGGAUAGGACAGUUUUCUGUUUUCAAAUUAUCAGCUGUUGAUAAGAGACAAUAAUAACUGGAGGAUAAAGAAUUGGCAUCCAUUUGACCAAGUAAAGAAUUUGAAUUGUUUUGACCAAGUAAAGAAUUUGAAUUGUUUUGACCAAGUAAAGAAUUUGAAUUGUUUUGCUGCGAUAAAAACUUAACAUUGUUUUGAUCAUGAUAAAGAAUUUGCAUUGUUUUGACCAUGAUAAAGAAUUUGUAUUGAUUUGAUUGAGAUAAAGAAGUCACAUUGUUUUGACUAAGA